AUGGAGUAUGCCCAGCUGAACUCGAAUACACACCACCAGAACCCCCAAGAUAUCUAUGCGCACGUGGGAACGGCAGGGGAAUUGUACCAGGGCGAUCAGCAACAAAGCUUGCGCUCGCGGAUGCAGCGGCGACAGCAACUACAGCAACAGAACCAGAACCUGCAGCACCAGCAACCACUGGAAUUGCUACAGCAGCAGCAGCAGGAGCAGCUACAACUGCAGCAGCUGCAACAGCAACAGGCGCUCGAACAAUCUCAGUGGGAUGGAUACCAGCCCCCCGUGACAGGCGCUUACGCGCAGCCGGCGGAUCUCCUCCAAGCACCGUACUCUCCUCCGGAGGGCGGCUACUACAUACCGAAUUCCGGUGUCAAUGUUCCGUACACUGAUGCGCAGUCACAGUUCCACGAGUCGUUCUACGGAAGUGGCGGCGGAGGCGGCGGCGGCGGCAACGGCACAUUUCUCGCCACCACCGACCCGUCCACAACGCAGCCCCGGGUGGUGGGCUACGAAACUCAGGACCCCUGGUCAAUGGGUCAAAUGGUACCGAAUACUACCAUAGACAUCGAUCACACAAUGGGCUUGCCGGCGACGACGGGCGCAGAGACCUUCUACAAUCCGCUAGAUCCGUCGUUUCUGGACGUUGAUCAGUACAAUACCGAUUUCCUCAAUGAACUCACGCAGCACUACUCGGCCGAACAUGGGUACGACCUCGAACCGCUGCCGCCGAGUCGAGGCGUUGAUCUUUUCGAUCGUCCUGUCCCAGAUCUGCCGGACGUACCGCGUGGUCGCAAUAGCUGGCUGCCACGGGACCGUCUCCAGCACACCCCCGAGACCAUCAUGGAGUGGUUCACCACAAACUACGCAUCCAAGCGGAAUCUACCGGUCACCGGGGACGAGAUCCCGAAGGAGAGCGGUGGAAUACUGUGCGAGCUAUGUCAGCCGGCCUGCUUGGUGGAUUCGCUCGCGUACCGUCCGCAUAGAGAGGAGAUCCACGGGGUGGACUUCCAGACCGGAUUCCGGUAUUGGGCUCCGCUUGAGGUGAAGCCAAUUGUUGGCAUUGUUGGCGCCGGCUACGAAGGAUUCUGCGCAAGCUGCAAGAACUGGAUCGCGUUGGACUUGUCGAAGCCCGACUUCAACUGGUACCAACAUGCUUCGACGUGCCAGGAUCACACCGUAUGGACGGACGAAAAGAAGCCCGCAUCACCGAUCGAACGAUACACCACCAGCGGCUCGGAAGAUGAAGGUGCUGAUGUGAACGCCAUCAAGAAGGAAGCAACGCGGCGUGCGAGGGCUGGUGAUUUCUUGCUGCCUAGACCGCCAUUCGCUUCCAACAGCAAUUCGAAUCCCUCGGAUGAAGGCAGCAGCGACAUCCCGUCCUCCAACAGCUCGCACUCGGUUCUCACCUCGAACUCGAACUCGAACUCCAGUGUCAACUCGGCCAUGUCGCAGCACUCCCUCGAGAGCCGACGAAAGAAGGUGCUCCGGCUGCGCAAACGGAAGGGCGCCAGAUCAUCGAACCAGGGGCUGCGCUUGUACCAGUGCACAUUCUGCAUGGCCGACUUCGCCAACUUUGGCGAUUGGCGCCGCCACGAAGAAGUCAUCCACCUGGUCCUCGAGAAAUGGGUGUGUGCGCCCGAAGGACAGUACAAAACCGGCACACAGGAAUGCGUGUACUGCGACGAAGUGCACGCUGAGAAAUCCAACAUCCCCAACCGCUGCAACGCAUCGUACUGCCACGGCCGCGGGCCCUCGGAACGCAUCUUCGCGCGAAAAGACCACCUCAAGCAGCAUCUGAAGCGCAUGCACGGCAUCACGAAGUGGCGCCUCUCCUUCGAAGCGUGGGCGCAGAAAUCCAAAGGGCCGCAAAAAUCGCGCUGCGGCUUCUGCGCCGCCACCUUCGAGGACUGGCACCACCGCAUGACGCACGUAGCCUGGGAAUUCAAGCACGGCCAGAAGAUGUCGCAAUGGCAGGGCGACUGGGGGCUCGACCACAAGUGGAUGCACGCCGACGGGAAGCUGUCGAACCCCAUCCUGCCCGCCGACAGAACCGACCACAUCUCGAAGACCCUCAAGGGCGCGCAGGCGCUGACGCCGGCUCACGCUCACGCCCAGGCGAAAGGCUCCCGCGUGCCGGACUCGGGCGGCAAAAGCGCGCCAUCAGACGCCGAUCACGCCCACCAUUCCCUGCGCGGCGGGAAAUCUGGCCGCGGCCUGACGCGGAAACCGCGGCUCACGUCGCUGCGCGAUGGGUUCAGCCAGCAGCAGGAGCACCAGCACCAGCAGCACCAGCAGCAGCAGGGGCUGUUCCAACAGCAGAUGGACCAGUUCCCGCCGCCGCAGCAGGAGGAUCUGUACCAGCAGGGGGGAGGAGGAGAUAUGUACGCGCAGGGAGACAUGUUCCAGCAGGGGGAUAUGUUCCAGCAGCAGCAGGAAAUGUUCCGGCAGCAGGAUCUGUUCCCGCAGGGAGAUAUGUAUCAGCAGCAGGAUAUGUACAGCCAGCUCCACCACCACCAGCAGCAGCUGCAGCAGCAGAUUUUCCAGCGUAUAAAACCGGAAAAUAACUUUUCACAACCGAUACAGCCGCAGCAGCAAGUCCUGACUCCCCCAUUCUCCUGGUCACUUCCCUCCAGCGCCGUCUCGCCACCACAAACCAGCCCACUAUCAGCCUCGUACACCAACCUUAACCACAACCACAACCAGAACCAACUCCCGAUCCAACCGCGGCCGCCAGAGACAGUUCCCGUACCAGUGUCGACGGCGGCGGGAGGGACGGGAGGGAUGGGGAAGGCGGAGCAGGCGGGACAGAAAAAGACGCCGAGCUUUCAGUGUCCGUAUUGUAGCACUAAACUGUCACGGCAGGAUAAUCUCAGGAGGCAUGUUAAGACGCAUUUUGUUAAGACUAGUUGA